CUAUUUUUCAGUCUUCAAAGCUGUUGUCYGUGAUUCGUACGCUUUCUAAAAGUGGGGACAUAAAACAGCGACARACUGAAAGAGAGAGGCUGCAGUAUGAGUUUAUGGAACGCGAUGCAGAGCUGAAUAAGCUUGUUGAAGAGCAACAAGAACACCUUAAGUCUACAAUACAGACUUUUACUGGCAUAGCAUCAMGAAUUGAAGCUUCUCGUGCAAAAGUAAAGAAUCUAAAAGAUAGUCUUUUAUCAUGUAAAACACUGCUGAGAUGCAAGCGGGAUGACCUAAAAAAAUAUUGGAUGGAAGGAAUGGAAUAUAAUGAAGUACUGAACUUACUGGAUAGAAUUGAUCAGGUAAAGAAUGUACCAGAACAGAUUGAAGAGUAUAAAAGACAGAAAUACUAUCUCCAUGCUACAGAACUACUUGUCUCUACAGUAUCUCUCCUUGAAGGCAGUUUAUCAGGAGUUGAAGCUUUACGCCACGUGAGGCUGGACUUACAAGCCAAGAAACAGGUAUUUCAUGAGGUGUUGAUAGAGGAGCUUCAUAAGCAUCUUUACAUCAAGUCUUGUAAGCCACGGGAAAGACCGAGGCUAUUGUCUGGUAGCAAUGACAAUAACAUUCCAAAAAAGCCAAAGCAUCUCAAAGUUUCAGACAACCUUCCAAGCAUCCAAGACCCAGGGGGAAACUUUCAAAAGACACAUGCACGGUCAGCUUCAAGAUCUCUAAUGCUUGAGAAUGGAAACUCUACAAGCACUAUUCCUAAUCAAGAAAGAGAGAAUUUUCAACAUGUAGAAGACUUGAAUGUAGAUCCAGAAGAAGAUAGUGAUUGCUUUAUGACAUUACUGGUUGAAUCUUUGGCCCUUUUAGGAAGAAUACCUGAAGCCAUUGAUACYAUCAAGAAAAGAAUGAAAAUUGAGAUGUCACUUAUAGUACACAGAGCAACUUCUCAAGUAAUUGAAAGAGCUGGCAAAGAAGGAGAAUCCAUUGCACAACAGAAUCAGCCUCAUCUUCUGCUAGAAUUAGUUGAAGUUAUAUUUGACAAGUUCCGUGGUGUUGCCUUAAUGACAUCAAUGCUGCUAUCAACAAUACAUAGACUUAUUGAGAAAGGUACAGACAGGCAUGAUAAUGAUCUAGGUCAAACCAUGGUGUACAAAAUUGAUGUGGUUUGGUAUGAAAUACAGUUUGCACUUCAAGUUCUUCUAAAUGACUAUCUUGAUGUUCAAAGUCUUGUUGCAUCACAACAGUCUUCUGCGUCCUUCUCCGAGUCUGACAGUGAUAUUUCUUCUUUUUUUGCACCAAGACGAAGAGGGGCUUCAAAAACUGAACCCAAGAAACAUUUGUUCAGGUUUGAAGGCUCAAAAUCAGCCAUUAGCAUGAAUUUGUACCUUCGUGAAAGACGAAAACAGUGCAUGGCUGGAACUGGGACAUCAGCUUUAGAUGAUGGAUAUGGAGAACAGCUUUACAACACCAAACCAGACUUGCUUUGCCGACCAGACCCUAGAAAUAUAACAGUUGUGUUCUGUCCUGUCAUGGAUUUCGUGAAGGAAGUUGAGAAUGCUAUUAGCAUGCAAAAAGGGAUGAGGUGCACGUUGUAUGGUUUUAUUACUGACUAUGUUAAAGAGAUCUUUGUGGACAAAAUCAAGUUUGAAAUUACAGAAAAAUUAGAAACAGUGUCAUAUUCUGUUUCAAAAGGAUUGGAUGCUUUCAAGCAUGUUGCUGAUGCCAAUACAUUAAAGACUUUGGGUGCAUCAAGACCUCUACUACAGAAUACUAUUACUGCAUAUCAGUUAAUGCAAGACCUAAAGAACCUGAUGCACAGCCUGCCUCUGUAUUCAGAUCAGUUUCUAGACAUGAUUUGUAAGACACUAGUGAAUUAUAAAGAAAACUGUCACUUGGCUUAUAAAGAUUUGCUGAGAUAUACAGGAGACCGAGAUAAGCCAACAAGGAUCAUCAGUGGAACGUGGGCUAAGGAUGAAGAUAUCAGUAGGCUGUUAAGAUCACUUCCAAACUGGACCAAUCUUCAGCAACAACACCACAGACAAAGAAAGGAAGAAGAAGAAGACUUAGAGGCCAUCAAAAUCAGAAAUGCAAGGGAGUCUGAAUUACUGACCAGUAAUCUUGGAGAGCACAUGUUGUCCAAGCACGAGGUUCUUCUUGAUGUUAGCGACUUGAAAACCUUAGCAAAUCUACAAGAAAGCAUGGAAUGGUUAGCAAACCAUAUUCGUGUGUUUAGUACUGGAUUGUCAGCCCAGUCCACCUCAAUCAGUGUUGGAACAAGUGACAUACAGGAGAGAAUCAAAGCUUUAAAUCCGAACCAAAAAGAGGUUUACUGCGGCAAUGGCUUUAUAUUCAUGCAGGGUAAAAACUGGCGAGAAAUCCCACCAGUAACAGACGAUACGCUAAAAUCAUUACAAAGUCUGUCCCAAGACUUCCAGAGACUUUCUGAGACGUGUCUUCUUGUUCUUCACCUUGAAAUACGAUGUCAUUGCUUCUUUUACUUGAUGCCAGCCAUAAGACAGCCAAGCUAUUUUUGUAACAUGGACGCUGUUGAUCCUGAUCCAUCGGUGUUAUUACUUAACAAAGAUCUCACUUCACUAGAGGAGAUGGCUAACGCUUGUCUUGCACCACACAAAUUCAGGUAUUUGUUUGAGGGUCUUGGUCAUCUCGUGUCUUCAAUUCUCAUCUCGAAUCUUUCUUUCAUYAAGAAAAUGAACCAAAACGGCAUAAAGAAAAUGUGCCGUAAUAUUUUUGUCCUUCAGCAAAACCUGACAAACAUCACAAUGUCCAGAGAAGGUGACCUGGACAAGGCGCGACAGUAUUAUGAACUUCUGUAUCUAAAUCAAGAUGACAUACUAACUGUGAUAUUAGAACAAGGAGCAAAGUACAAUGAGAUUGAGUACAACAAUAUCCUACAACUACAGGCYAGAAGUAUGACAGUACGUGACAAUGAAGCUAUACAACAUAGACUAAAACGACUGAAAGAAAUCCUCAAAGACCAAGCAGUAGAUAUGAAAUAGCUAAGUAGUUAUACAUUAGAGAAAGACCAAUUUUGAUAUGAAUUAUUUUCAUUUGUUGAUAUCUGCCCUGCUCUACAUGUUUCACAAGAGUCACGGGCUUCCUGUAUUUUUCUGGUCAAUUUGACCAUCACUAGGACCAUAUGACAAAGGAAACCCAAACGAGAAUAAGAGUUUCCUAAGGUGGAAGAGGGAAAAGGCUAGUGGAAAAGCUGACUGUUUUCAGGGUUUAYGACACACACAAAAAAGUCAAUGAAUGCUGUUGUCAAUUGUACAAUUUACCAGCAAUUUAGCAUGUCUCUGACUGCCUUAUUCAUCCUGUAACAAGGGUUUUUGUGUAACUGAAAAAUAUUAUUGACAACUAUAAUCAGGUGAUAUUGUUGCAAAAAUACACAAAUAUUAAGAAAUUAAAACCACUGAGAGUAAAAUUUUACAGGACGUGAUUGRAAUUCAAGAUAAUGUAGAUCAUUUUAAAUAGAAUGGGCAAGUGAAAUAAUUAUAGUGUAUAAAGUAGAUUUUGACCUACAUGUAAAAUAUACCUACAGUAAUAGACCUAAAUAUACUUUUUGAAAAAAUCAUUGAAGGAUCUCAAACCUAUGAUAUGAUCAAAGCCAACUCUSAAUGGGAGUUUGGURCUCAYUAUACCAUUUCUUGUGGAGAAGUCAUUUAUUCAGUACAGCACUGUUAUACUGUCAGUACUUGUAAUAAUUAAUUGCUCUCAUAUGCAACCUUUCAAUCUWAGCUUGAUGAUGUAAUCUUUUGGGACCUGACUAUCUUUUCUUCAAAUAUGUGUAUAAACAAAUGAAAUGAAAUGAAAGGAAUCAAAUUACAAUGUUAAUUCUAA